AAGAAGAAGAAGAAGAAGAAGAUUUAUGGAGCAAUCAAGUAAAUGGAUGAUAUUGAUAGCAAGCACAUGGAUUCAAGCAUUUACAGGGACGAAUUUCGACUUCUCCUCAUAUUCCUCUGAUUUGAAAUCUGUUCUUGGAAUUUCACAAGUGCAGCUCAAUUAUCUGUCUAUGGCUUCAGAUUUUGGGAAAGCAUUUGGGUGGUGUUCUGGGGUCUCUCUUAUGUAUUUCCCAUUAUGGGUUGUUCUUCUCAUUGCUGCUUUCAUGGGACUUGUUGGGUAUGGCCUUCAAUGGCUUGUCAUUCAAAGAAUCAUCUUUUUGCCUUACUUCUUGGUAUUUCUGUUGUGUGUGCUGGCUGGCUGCAGUAUCUGCUGGUUUAAUACAGUAUGCUAUGUGUUGUGCAUCAAACAUUUCUCGGCAAAUAGGCCAAUUGCAUUGUCCCUCAGCAUAAGUUUCAAUGGUGCAAGUGCGGCCCUGUACAACCUCAUUGCCAAUGCCAUUAAUUCUGAAGAUGACACUCUGUACCUUCUUCUUAAUGGCCUAGUCCCCCUUGUCACAUCAAUUGCAGCUCUUCCAAUCCUCUGGCAACCUCGAUCUCAAACCCUUCAUGCUGAUUCUGUUCACAGAGAAUAUCUCAAUUUCCGCUGUCUUACCAUACUAGCAGUGUUUACCGGCCUUUAUCUCUUAAUCCUAAACUCGGUCUCAUAUAGUGCACAGACAGCUCGUAUUCUCUUGGCUGGCGCAGUGUUCUUGCUGGUCCUACCGGUGAUUGCACCAGGGGUUAUCUGCACAGAAGAAUGGUCUGAACUGUUCCAUCCUAAUUAUAUUUCACUUGAAGACAAUGAUACUGAUGAUCUUGAGAUGCUCAAUGAAUUGAUUUGGAAAGAGGCUUCAAGUAUGAAUGUUUGGACGGAAAAUUCUGAUGAAUCAAAAGAGAAGGGAAGUUGGACUAGCAGUUUUCUGUUGAGAGAUCGUUUGUUGCUGCUUGGAGAGGAACAUUCAGCAAGUCUGCUCAUGUGUAGGUUGGAUUUCUGGCUAUAUUACCUAGCAUAUUUCUGUGGGGGAACACUCGUACUUGUUUACAGCAACAAUCUAGGCCAAAUUUCAGAGUCACUUGGAUAUAGAUCGGAGAUCAGCUUCUUUGUUGCACUCUAUUCUGCAUGUUCCUUCUUCGGGCGCCUGCUUUCAGCCGCCCCAGACUUUCUACGCAACAAGAUGAACUAUGCAAGGACCGCGUGGCUUGCAUUUGCACUGAUUCCUACACCACUGGCCUUCUUUCUGCUUGUUUUAUCAGGAAGCAAAGCUGCAUUGAGUGCUGCCACAGCAUUAGUUGGGUUGAGCUCUGGUUUUGUAUUUUCAGCAGCAGUGUCAAUAACCUCUGAGCUGUUCGGCCCCAACAGUGCCGGAGUCAAUCACAACAUUCUCAUUACCAACAUCCCUCUGGGAUCACUACUCUAUGGACUUCUUGCAGCUAUAGUCUAUGAAGCAAACCUAGGGAAACCAGACCAAGUGCUUGUAUUGGAUGGAUCAAAAGUUUGCAUGGGUAGGAACUGUUACAUUCAGACAUUUAUGUGGUGGGGAUGCAUCUCUUUAUUGGGAAUAGCAUCUAGUUUUCUGCUUUUCCUAAGAACUAAAGCUGCCUAUGACAGUCAGGAAAGGAACCGAAAUUGGAUGAGAUUAACCUGAGUGGAAUUAUCUUUCUGGACUGACUUGUGACGGCAAUACGAAGAUAGAUGCCAUUGGAAUCACUACCUCAUGCCACAAUUAACAGCAAUCCAGCAUAACAUUCUGCCAAAGGGUGGAAAGAAGUAUAACUUUUGACACAAUGGCAGGACAGAUGCAUUUAUCAUGAGGGUGAUGAGACAAGAAAAUAAACCCAAGCAGGCUAGCAUACUCUACCUUUUGCAUGAUUAGGGAAGAGAGGUGAAUUGAAAAUUGUAGAGGAAUACACAGAAAGAAAUGAUGAAAGUUGAUACUUGAUGGAAUAAGACUGUUGGAAGUUACAAGUUUUGCUGACAAGCUAUGCUGGCUUCUUCUACAAAAGGUAAAUCCCCCAAUGAGAUACUAAAAUACUGUCAUCUGUCAAGUUCCCACUUGAUCCUGCAAGUCUAUAGUCUAUACUGCUUGCUUUGAUGGCAAUCGUUGGUCAUUUGCUUGAUUGGAAGGACUGAUGCAAUUAUACCUUUCCAGUUCUUGCAGGAAGGUUGGCUAGAGAUUUCUUGUAAAAACAUUAGCCUUGACGAGGUCAUAAUGAGAAUAUUUUCAUCAUUGAA